UAUGUACACUUUGCAUCAAAACCUGGCUUUCCCUACUAAUUUAUCCCAAAACCAGCCGAUAUUGUCUUCUGGGUGUGUCAGCAGCAAUCAUGUUGGCUUGACCCACGUUUCAAGCACUAACAUCAGACCUCAUUCCAUUCCUCCCAAAGGGUACUUUGUUUUAUAAAUUCUUCUACACAUGGAAUAGAGGGAAUGUCUUCUGGGGCUGGGAAACGGGUGGAUUUGUCUUCGUUUUUCUUCAGCUUUUUUCUUCCUUUUUCCUUCUCUUUAUAAACUUGACCGGACUUGUUCUAAUGGCGAGAAUAAUAACGAAAGCAUUUGGUUCUAUCGUAUCUGCAAUCACUUACUGUUUCUUUGGCUACCGAGACAACAACAAAAAGAAUGUCGGCAACGUCAAUUACCACAGCAUGCCUAAGGCCAAGGGUCGACCACUUUCUUUGCAGACUGUGGACCUCAAAGUCAGGAUGUGUUGCACCGGUUGCGAGAGAGUAGUGAAAAACGCCAUCUACAAGCUUAGAGGGGUCGAUUCGGUGGAAGUGGACAUAGAGAUGGAGAAGGUGACGGUGACCGGGUACGUCGACCGGAACAAGGUACUGAAACGAGUGAGGAGGGCGGGGAAGAGGGCUGAAUUCUGGCCUUAUCCUAACCCUCCUCUGUACUUCACCACCGCCUCCGAGUACUACAAGGACACGACCAACGAGUACAGAGGGAGUUACAAUUAUUACAGGCAUGGAUACAACCUCGGACACAGGCAUGGUAACGUUCCUGUAACGAUUCGUGGAGACGACAAGGUCAGCAACUUGUUCAACGAUGACAACGUCAAUGCCUGCUCUCUCAUGUAAAACAAAAUUAUUACUCCAGUAAGAAAUCGGUACCACGUGAUCAUGCAUGUA